UUGCUGGAAAACAUAAUCACAUUUCUGUAUUACUUCAGUUGAGAUUUUAGUAGCCCGUUGGAACUAACAAAUUGUUUCUAUUAAAAGAUUCAGAUUUCAGUUGAUUCUAAAACUUGUUGAAUUUUAUUGUUCAGUUAUUUAUCUAUGCGGCAAAGGGAAAACAAUAGCUUAUAAUUUUCGUGAUGCGUUUCGCGUGUCCUAAUCACAUGUCCGCUGUCCCUUCAGUUUUUCUGGCCUUCUCUGCCGUGUUUAUGUUUGCGCUUUAUUACAGCAGAGCCACAAACCCUCCUAUUGUUAUUGCCGACCAACCGAUUCCGACUCCUGUUCCAUCAGUGGAGAUUGCGACAAAGUACAACUUGAUGGAAGAAACUUUCGGUGAAAACUGGGCCAAAGAACCAGCAGAUAAAUAUUUAGCGCCGUCUUAUUGCACCAUAGAGUACGCCAACACAAAUCAACUACAGCAGGAUCAUCCCUGUGUGAUCCGUUUGAUUCGCGAGAGUUACCUGCGCCAACCUGCACCGAAAAACGUGCCCUAUAACAUGAAUCAUUCUGAAACGAUCGAUCCCUCCUACGGGCAAUCGAAAGAGAUUUUGCGACUCCUGCACAAUCAAACUAAUGGUUUUUUCAUCGAAUGCGGUGGAUUCGACGGUGAAUUUCUUUCCAACACCUUGUACAUGGAGCGCUCACUUGAUUGGAGUGGAUUGCUGAUUGAAGCGGACAAGAAAGUGUUCACUCAGCUGAUAUCUCGCAAUCGCAAAGCGUUCACCUCGCCCGCUUGUCUCAGUACGAAACCGUUUCCCAUGGAAGUGGUCUACAAUGGUACCGCCGAAACGUUGGGCGCCAUUAUCGAAGAGAAAGAUGUUAAACAACCGCUAAGCCAGCAGAAAGACACUGAAAACAUUUACAAAAUGCAGUGUUUCCCGCUAUACUCCAUUCUUCUUGCAAUUGGUAGAACCGACGUCGACUAUUUUGGACUUGACGUUGAAGGAGCUGAGUAUAAAAUCUUGAAAACUAUUCCUUGGCACAAAGUCAACAUGAAGACGGUGACUGCGGAGUGGAAUCACGUCACCGAAGGCGAACCGGGCUUGACUCGUUUGAUGGAGAGCAACAAAUUUACCAAAACUGGUCUGAUUUCGAAUUAUUAUACCCGCGAAGUUGUCUACGUUCAAAAUUCAUUCAAUAUUUAUAGAGAGAAAUAAGUGACUUCUAUUAUAGUCAGUGUGGUCUCUUAGGAGAAAAUGUAAACUGAAAGUCAAAAGGCUUUGAGAUCAAUAAAACUUGAUGCAUCCGCUUA